UUGGCAACGCUGCUGCGAAGAUCCAUUCGUGUGGCGACUGGCGUCUGUGUCUGGUGUGUGACCUACAUUGUUCAUUAUUCUUUGAAGGAGCCCUGUUCUCUUCAUCAUCUCAUCUUCAUAGACUUCAACACCGUUCGUCUGUUUUCAAUAAUUUUUCACAGAUCAAAAAUGGCUGAAAACACAGGAGAUUCCCCUCAAAUGUUCAUUAAAGUUAAUGUUCUUGGCGUAGAUAAUAAUGUUAUCCAAUUUAAAAUCAAGACACAUUGUCAUUUAAUAAAGCUCAUGAAUGCGUACUGCGCAAAAUCGGGUUUAGACAGAGCAAUAACUAGGUUCAGGUUUAACGGAGCGGCAAUUUCUGAAACAAGUACGGCGAAUUCUAUGGGAAUAAAGGAUAAAGAUGUAAUUGAAGUUUUCCAGCAUCAGACUGGUGGUGGCCUUUAUUAACUACUUAUUAUUUGACAUAAUAAAAAAAUAUUUAAAAUAAUAAAUUAGUAUUAUAUCAAGAACUACAUUUGAUAGAUUAAUUGAUGUGUGUAGAACAUUAUAGAUAAAAUAUAUACUGUAAAACUUUAUUUGUAUACCAAUUUAUUUAUACUAUUAAUAUUAUUUUCAUAUUUCUCUAGAUUAAUAAACUUUUGAUAUAAUUAAU